AUGAGUUCCAAUUCAACAAUUCCUGAUGGCCUUUCUAAAAGUGAAAAAUUAUUAAUUGCACACGCUGUCUUCGCCGCACUCGCAUGCCUUGUUACAAUGCCUUUUGGCAUCUAUAUCGCACGGUUCGGCCGCAAGACCUUCCAAAGAAUGUGGUUUCACUUGCACUGGUCUUUGCAAUUUUUCUUUUCCACGAUAUUCAUCGCCGUUGGAUUCACAUUGGCGCAUGUGGUGGACAAGACACAUAACAAUUGGGCAAAUAAACCGCAUUCGGCGAUUCCGAGACACGAAAUCAACGUGAUCUAUCUUGGUUCUAUUGGACGCAACAUUAUCGUUGCGCUUAGUGGUGGAUGUGGAUUUACUAGUGAAGUACGCACGAAUACGGACAUAACGGCAAAGUAUAAGAGUGCCCUUAUGCUUUGA